AUGUUUGUUUCCAACAUCGGUCUUCUUCUCAGUUUGCUUGCGAUUGGCGCAACCGCAUUGCCAGCUCCUCAGAACAAUCUGAAUACCUCUCUCGCCAAUUCGACUUACGGGCCCAUACCCGGAGAGUCGAGAACCUACGUUGACUACAACGGGACCGCCGCUCCAUUUCCUGGAAAUAUCACCGGUGCAAUUCUGCCGACUGAGAGUGGAACCGCAGGACCGGACGAUCUUCUUUUCCAGAACUUGCUUAGUGCAGAAUGGGCAAUCUUCGACUUCUACCAACAAGGCGUCGAAGCUUUCAACAGUUCCUCAUUCACCGAACUUGGCCUGCCCAACACGACGUAUGACCGCGUGAAACAAAUCCGCGACAACGAAGCUGGCCAUUUGCGCAUCUUCCAGGACAGCAUCAGUGCCACCAGCGUCAAACCCGGUGCUUGUACCUAUGACUACGGCUUCAAUGGCAAUGCAAGUGUAUGGCUGGCUCUGCAAGUCAGUCUCGAAGUAAUUAGUAUGGCGUUCCUGACCGGUUUGGUGAGGGAGGCUCAGACUCAAGAUACAAUGAGUGCUCUUGUUGCCAUCGGUGAAGUAGAGUCACGACACAACACUUGGGCUCUUAUCGAUGUUUGGAACCAGAACCCCUUCUCUGGACCUGCCGACACCGUCUUCCCUUAUGCUAAUGAGAUUCUCGACCUCACCGUCCAAUACAUCGUGCCUGGCAGCUGCCCUACCGCGAACCCAUUAUACCCAUUGCCUAGACAGAACUUGCCAGCAGCGACCGCGAUCUACGAGGAGGCAAAAGAAGUCGUCGAGAUUAUGUUCACCGACCCUCACAAUCAGCCUGACUGGUACUCACAGCAGAGAGAUAGACCAUACUAUGCCGUUUACUUCCACGGCGUUCACAACAUCACAAAGCCCUUCGACACCAAGACCAACACGUCUUCUUACCCGACCGAGUUUGAUGCCGGAGAAGGACUUAUCAUUGCAGUGAUCGCGAAUGAGGUCGGCGCACCGUCUCUGGACAGUGUCGUUGCGGGACCAGCUAUUAUUCUCGAGCAGCCCACUUUCUAG